AAGCGGCAGGUGUGACAGAAGGCAGGGCGAAUACACGUAUCCUAUUCUGCCCCCCCUAGUUACUGUAACCAGCAUCUUACGCACGGUGACUCUUGGUGACUAGAGAAACUGCCACCCGUACUGCUAGCUAUCAAAUCAAACGGCAAAUUCAUCCUUCCUCAUCGAUUUUACGGAGUAUUUCAGGGGAAAAGACUGCACACCUCGAGCUGACGUUUAUGUUACUGACCGUGGAUCUAUUCAAGGGAGACCUGGUCUGGGACUGAGGACAGACACACACAGACACACACAGACACACACUCCCGUGGCGCGUGGAGCAAGAGGGCUAUUCGGGGCCAGACCUCCAGAGAUUCUCACCGGCGCCGCUGCCUCCUCUUCCCCCAUCCCCUCUUCCACAACAAGGCAUUGAUUAAAAUGGCCCGGGUAUGAUGAGCAGAGGCGGGGCCAUGGCCAGCGAGCCCCUGGAGGGCUUCCACGAGGUCAACCUGGCCUCUCCCACCACGCCCGACCUCCACGGCCUGGCCGAGCAGCACCAGCGAUCCUCCAAGGCAGCAGGGGGCAGCGCAGGAGCCGGCGGCACUCCCUCCACAGGCAGCAACAGUGGUGGUGGGUUAGUCAAUAACAGUGGAAGCAGUACUCCUCUCACCGCUGUCUACCGCACACACAACAUCUCGGCCACCCCCAAUGCGCUGCGCCCCGUGGACCAGCUCCCCACGCGGCCAGUCUACUCCACGCCACGACACCUCACCCCACUCAUCGCCAACGAGCAGCCACACAAUGGCAGUGUUGCUGGUCUGGAGGCCGGCUGUGAGGAUGGUGGCUCCUCAGAGGGGGGCGUAGGAGAAGACGGGGAGGACCCCCUGUCCCUCAGCACAGACAGCCUGUCGCGCCUCAGGAGCCCCUCCGUCAUGGAGGUGCGGGAGAAGGGCUGCGAGAGACUCAAGGAGGAGCUGGCCAAAGCACAGAAGGAGCUUAAGUUAAAAGACGAGGAGUGUGAGAGACUGUCUAAGGUCAGGGACCAGCUGGGCCAGGAACUGGAGGAGCUCACGGCCAGUCUCUUCGAGGAGGCCCAUAAGAUGGUGCGGGAGGCCAACGUCAAGCAAGCCGCAGCUGAGAAGCAGCUCAAAGAAGCACUGGGCAAGAUCGACGUGCUCCAGGCGGAGGUGGCUGCCCUGAAGACCCUGGUGCUGUCCACCUCGCCCACCUCGCCCACCAAGGAGAUGCCCCCGGGCACCAUCAAGGCCCCCUUCAAGAAGGGCCACGCGCGCAACAAGAGCACCUCCAGCGCCAUGCUAGGCAGCCAGCAGGAGACCAGCGCCCCGCAGCCCAUCGUCAGAGACUGCAAAGAGGUGGACUCGCUGCUGUUCAGUGAGUUUAAGGCGUGGAAGGAGGAGCCCAGUCUGGAGAGGAGCUGCUGUUUCCUAGAGCGCAUCUACAAAGAAGACAUCUACCCCUGCCUCACCUUCUCCAAGAGCGAGGACCUCACGUUAAAGUCUGGGCCUGAGGACGUCUACCCCUGCCCCACCUUCUCCGAGAGCGAGCUGGGGUCGGCUAUCCUGGAGGCGGUGGAGAGGAACACUCUGAGCGUGGAGCCGGUGGGUUUCCAGCCGCUGCCCGUCGUCAAAGCCUCCGCCGUGGAGUGUGGCGGACCAAAUGGCUGGAGGUCUGAAAUAGUCACAAAGUGCGCCCUGAGUGGCCAGACCAAAACCUGCAAGCACAGAAUCAAGUUCGGAGACUCCAGCAACUACUACUACGUGUCUCCGUUCUGCCGCUACCGCAUCACAUCUGUUUGCAACUUCUUCACCUACAUACGCUACAUACAACAGGGCCUAGUCAAGCAGCAAGAUGCUGAACAGAUGUUUUGGGAGGUCAUGCAGCUACGCAAGGAAAUGUCAUACGCCAAGCUGGGCUACUACAAAGACGACCUCUGAGCUCGCUGGAUAUCCACCAAUCAAGGGCCCCCUAUCGCAUUGAUGGACAAAGCACUCCCCCAUUCUGCUUGCGAGAAGACUUCAGAGGGCCCCUCCCACCCUGCCCUCUUGUCUCCUUCGCUUUCCAAGUUCUCAGUCUUUUGACUCUCUCAUCCGAAGGACACACUCCUAGUUGUGCGUGCGCGUGUGUGUGUGUGUGUGUGUGUGUGUGUGUGUGUGUGUGCAAGAUGCGUCCAUCCACCCCCAUCCGUUGAGACAUCCCAACGAAGGACAAAAUACUGAAUUAUAUGCUGCUGAAUUGAGUCCUAUUCCAUUCAGUGUAAUACUAAUGCUGAAGUCAAUAAAGUAAUAUUUGUUUGUCUGUUUGUUCUUUGUUUGUUUUGUUUUGUUUUGUUUUGCGUUUUCCUUUUGUUUCUUGUUUUGAGGAAAAGAAUAUGAAGGAUUUUUGGCUGUUUUUGGAUAUGCAUUUAUUCUUUAACCCUCACAAGUACUUUUAUGAAGCCUGUACAAUCUUUUGAACGUGAAGUUUUAGACACUGAGAAGAAAUAAACCCCUUGUCUGGAGUCUACUUUA